CAUCGUAUGACCGCUGCUACAGCUUUCUACGUGCUGAAGGUACUCAUGUUGUAACACAAAUGUUUAGCUGUAUAGACUUCUAGCUUUAUCUCUCCACAUAUUUCCACACCUCUGUCAAACCGCAGCUGAUUGGCCGUUUAUCAUGUUAAGUCACGAGAUGAACAUGAUGUCCCGUGAUGCUCUUGUCUCAUCUAGCAGGUGAUCCGCUUUAGAACUUCAAUGCUGCGCUUGAUUGCAACAUCCCUGUGCCUGCGGUGCCAAUGUGCCCCAGUUCUACCGUUACACCUAAGACCAUGUGCAACGCUGAGCCCAGCAGAGAACCAGCAGACCGUGGAGGCUCUCUAUUAUCUCUCUGUGGAUCUCCAGAAGGUCCGGACACUUAAAGGCUGGGUCCUGCAUCGGAGCCCAGCUUAUACGAAGGAGGUAGCUGACAUGCUAAAGGACAUGGGAGCCUCGGGCUCCAUCAUUGCCCGGAUCCUGGCAGGUCACCCUGAGGCGAUCCUCUGUCCCCCAGAGGAGCUGCAGGCUCAGAGGAAGCUGUGGAUGUCCGUGUGCCCAAAAGACAAAGAGCUGGUCGGUAUCAUUGAGAAAUUCCCCGCGUCUUUCUUCACCUCGUCCAGUCACCAUGACAACCAGCAGAAGAACAUCGCUUACUUCCGGAGCCUAAACCUCAACAAGCGAAUCAUCAGUAAGCUGAUGGCCAGUGCACCCCAGAGCUUCAGCCGACACGUGGAGCAGAACGAGAUGAUGGUGCGCACCCUCCAGCAGGCCUACCAGGAGCUUGGGGGUGAGGAGGCCAACAUGAAGACCUGGCUUCAGAAGCUGCUAAGCCAGAACCCGUUUGUUCUCCUUAAGCCUCCCGAGGUGCUGAGGCAGAACUUGUUGUUCCUGAGAGACCGGGGCUUCAGCACGGCCCAGCUCCUCCGCCUCCUCUCCAAACUCAAGGGUUACGUCACCGAGCUGAACCCGGACAGCAUGCGGCGCACCCUGGCGUACUCCCAGGACACCAUGGGCUGCUCGGAGGCACAGCUGCGGGACAUGAUCCUGAACUGCCCGGCUCUGCUUUACUACCCUGACGACAUCCUGGCUGAGCGCUUUGAGAGCCUCCUCAAGGCUGGGAUCAGCAUGUCUCAAAUCAUAGAGACUCCAGGAGUUUUGGAGCUGACCACGCAGAUAGUGAAGUAUCGCAUUCAGCGACUGAGUGCGCACGGUUAUGACGUAACGGCCGGUAGUCUGGAGGUCCUAUGUGGCACUAAGAAGGACUUUGAGAUGAGCUAUGAAAAACUACAGCUACGUAGAGAGAGACCACUUUUUAACCCUGUCGCCCCUUUAAUAGGCGAUGACUGACAGCAGUGCAAAUUGAAUUAAAGCUGUGUAAAAGUGUA